AUGGCGGCAGCUCGCACGAAACGCAGCGAGAUGACGGACAUCUCAGCCGCGCUCCGGACGUUCGCAUCGAAGGGCAGGCCCACGAAGGAGGAGCAGGCGCAGCGUCGCCAACUGUUUCAGAAGGUCAUCCAGUACCUCACUAUCGGCAUUGACAUGAGCCCGGUAUUCUCGGAUGUCAUCAUGAACGCCCACACCACGGACGUGGCGACGAAGAAGAUGCUCUAUCACUACAUCACGCACUACGCGCAGGCCAACGCGGAUCUGGCGCUGCUGACGGUGAAUACGCUGCAGAAAGACUGCCGCGAGGAGGAUCCGGUCAUUCGUGGGCUAGCCCUGCGGUCCAUGGCGUCCAUGCAGGUCCCAGACCUCGUGGAAUACCUGAUUGACGCCAUCCGCCUCGGCCUGAAAGAUGCCGACCCAUACCCUCGCAAGACUGCCGCCUUGGGCGUGCUCAAGGUUCACGACCUCGCGCCUGAGGCACUCGCGGAGACUGAGAUCCUCGAGGAGGUCCGCCGCAUGCUCAUCUCCGAUCGCGACGCGUCGGUGGUGGCGAACUGCCUCAUCGUCCUCCGCGAGAUCGACGGGGAACGCGCGUUGGCGACGAAGCAGAACGUGUACGGCUUGAUAAACCGAAUCAAGGACUUCACCCAGUGGUCGCAGGUGACGAUAUUGGAGACUGUCGCGCUGUACAAACCCGCGGACAAGUCCGAGACUUUCGACGUCAUGAACGCGCUGGAGGACCGGCUGCAGAGCUCCAACAGCGCCGUGGUGCUCGGCACCGUGAAGGUGUUCCUGCACGCCACCCUGGACCUCCCGGACGUGCACCAGCAGGUCUUCGAGCGGCUCAAGGCGCCGCUGUUUACCCUCGCCAACGCGGGCGCCGCGGAGACGGCGUACGCGGUCUGGGCGCACCUCCACCUGCUGACGAUGCGAGCGCCGCCCCUGUUCGCCAUGGACUACAAGUCGUUCUUCUGCCGGGGUUCCGACGCGCCCGCGGUGAAGAAGCUGAAGAUCGAGAUGCUCACGGCGGUCGCGGACGACGUCAACACGUACGACAUUGUGUCCGAACUCUGCGAAUACGUCACCGACGUCGACGCGGUCAUCGCGAGGGAGGGCGUGAGAGCCGUCGGGCGGAUCGCGUUGGACGGCGAUCAGAACGUCGCGGGUAUCGUGGAUCGGCUCCUGCAAUUCAUCGAGUACAACCAGGAGCACAUCACCGCCGAGACCUUGGUCCAAGUGAAGGAUCUCGUCCGGAAGCAUCCCAGGUGGAUCGACCAGUGCGUGGUUGCGGUGAGCGGGAUCGAGCUUGAGACCAUCGUGGAGCCCGAGGCGAAGGCGGCGCUGGUGUACCUCUACGGCGAGUUCGGUCAGGCCAUGCCCGAGGCGCCGUACAUGCUCGAACCCUUGCUCGACGAGUUUGACGAGGAGGAGAGCGAGGAGGUGCGGCUCGAACUCUUGGCGUCUGCGAUGAAGCUCUUCUUCAAGCGAGCGCCGGAAAUGAGAGACAUGCUCGGAAAGGCGCUCGCCGCGGGAACCAACGACGCCAACCAGGACGUCCACGAUCGCGCGCUGAUGUACGCCAGGUUGCUGCACCAAGAUCCGGAGGCUGCCUCCAGGGUUAUCGCCGGGUACAAAGAGAGCGUCGCAAACUUUUCAGACGGCGCGGGCUUUGCCGAUAAAUUCGGCGAGCAAAUCUUUGACGAGUUCAACUCACUCUCUGUGCUCUAUCGCAAACCCGCUUUCCUGUUCACCGACGAUAAACCGGUGGAGGUACCGCGAACGCCGGACGUGAUCGAGGCGGCGGGCGGCGGAGGCGGUGGGAGCGCCAUGAUGGGGGACAGCUUGAUAGACUUUGGGGACGAACCGGUGGGCGCUUCGUCUUCUCGGAGCGCCAUCGACGAUUUGCUGGGAAUGCCAGCGGGCGGCGGCGGCGGCGGCGGGGGGGGAGGGGGAAGCGGACCGGGGAGCUCGCACAACCUCCUGGACCUGUUGGACGUCCCGAUGGAUUCGGCGAGUAUACCCGCGGCGCCCCCGCCUCCUCUAGUAUUGCGCCCGGCUCCGUCGCUCGACGCUGCUACGUUUCAGGCUCGGUGGGCGGCUCUGCCCCCCGCGCCGGGUUGCGUCUCGGGCCCGCGCGUCCUCACCCUCGGUGCGAACGCGCCGGCGGUACUCACGGCCCCGCCGCCGCUCAUGUCGCACCUGGCGACGCGCGGGUUCGCGACGAUAGCGAGCGGCGGCGCUCCGAGUACUGGAUUCAAGUACUACUUUUACGCGCAGGCGGCGGAUGGGGCGGGUACGUUUCUGGUGGAGGCUGUCGUGAACCCCGUCGCGAGGGCGGCGAAUGUGGUCCUGAAGACGGACGCGGGGGAUCAGAGGGGUGCCGCCGCGGAGGAUAUUUUAGCGGAGGCCAUGGCGUCGUUCGCGGCGUAG